UGCCGCAACUCGACGUUAUAGCGUCUGCGUCUGACAUGCCUUUGUUUUUAUUUAUUGAUUUAUUGCCGCUCAGUCUUAGUUAAUGCAGUAAAGUUUGGUUUGAUGCUCACUAAUUUUCACGAUGUCAGCUCGUGAUCCCCGAAACUUAGAUUCUAUGACAUCUAAUGAUAAUAUUUCCACAAAUUCGACGGACGAAGGAUUGCCUCGAGACUUCAGUCAAAUAAGUCUUAUAAGCACAUCGAAACCAGAUGAAUUUUAUAGCAAUGGCCAUUCCGAACUUGCUUUAAAAAAUUUAUAUGGAUAUUAUCGAUCACAGACGCUUUGUGACGUAGUACUGAUUGCCGAAGGUUGCAGGGUUCCUGCACAUAAAGUAGUAUUAUCAUCAUGCAGCGAGUAUUUUGCAGCAAUGUUUACAGGCUCUUUGAAAGAAGCAAAGCAAAAUGAAAUUGUAUUGGAAAGAGUUGACUCAACAGCUCUCAAAUCAUUGGUGCAUUAUUGCUACACUGGUAUAAUAGAGCUAAAGGAGGAAUCAGUUGAGAUGUUACUGGCAACAUCAAGUUUAUUACAGCUAGAUGCUGUUACAAAAGCUUGCUGCACUUUCUUGAUGAACCAGCUUGAUCCUUGUAAUUCUUUAGGGAUUGCUUUGUUUGCUGAACAACAAUCUUGCCUCACUUUACACAAAAGUGCUUUGGAGUACACUUAUCAACAUUUCAUGGAGGUAAUGAAGCAGCCAGAAUUUCUAUCUUUACAUGUAGAUCAGUUAGCCAACUUGCUCAAAUCAGAUGAACUUAAUGUAAUCUCGGAAGAGGAUGUGUGUGAUUGUGUUUUAACGUGGGUACACCAUGAUAAAGAAAACAGGGAAAAAUAUUUACCAACUUUAUUAAAACUUGUUAAAUUACCCUUACUAUCAUCGGAGUAUUUAAUUGACAAAGUGGAGCAGACUUGUGGUAAAAUAAAAGAGUGUCAACCAUUAAUCAUGGAAGCAGUGAAGUGGCAUCUACUGCCGGAAAGACGAGGUUCACUUGCAUCUUAUAGAACAAGACCAAGGACUUCUACGAUUGGUCGACUCUUGGCUAUCGGUGGAAUGGAUGGUAACAAGGGUGCAAGUAAUAUGGAAAUCUAUGACCCUCGGACUAAUACUUGGAGUCCAUACAUGAGAAUGGGCACUAGACGAUUACAAUUUGGAGUUGCAAUCCUCCCACGCAGGCUGAUCAUUGUGGGUGGCAGGGAUGGCUUGAAGACAUUGAAUACUGUGGAUUCUUUCGACAUUUCGACGUUGAGCUGGAGCACGCUGGCGCCGAUGAACACGCACCGGCACGGGCUGGGCGUGGCCGUGCUGGGCGAAGGGCCCAAUGCCCCCGUCUACGCGGUCGGCGGACACGACGGCUGGAUAUAUCUCAACUCCGUUGAAAGAUGGGACUGUAUAACGCGGUCGUGGACAAUGGUGGCGCCGAUGGCGGGUGCGCGCAGCACGUGCGGCGUGGCGGUGCUGGGCGGGAGGCUGUACGCGGCGGGGGGACGCGACGGCGGCGCCUGUCUGCGCUCGCUCGAGUGCUACGACCCCGCCACCAACCACUGGCACAACUGCGCGCCCAUGACGCGUCGUCGCUGCGGACUCAGUAUGUGCGCUGCGGGCGGGUACCUGUACGCGCUGGGCGGGCACGAGGCGCCGGCCAACACUGUGGGAGGGCGACUGGCCUGUGUGGAGCGCUACGACCCCACCACCGACACGUGGACCUUGCUGGCGCGACUCUCCUACGCGCGAGACGCCAUCGGCUCAUGUCUUCUCGGUGACAAGAUCGUCGCCGUCGGUGGGUACGAUGGUGCGCAGUACUUAAAUUUAGUGGAAAUUUACGACGCGGAGAACAACACUUGGCGUAAUCUGGCUCCAUUAUCAAUAGGUCGUGCGGGCGCCGCUGUUGUCGCCAUACCGCCGACCAACAAAAUCCUUUGAUACGGAUUGUUUCGUCUGAAUCGUUUGUAUUUUGAAAGACAAAGAAACACAGAUUAAAAAUAACUGAUUUACUCUUCAUUAUUAUAUCUGAAUAAACAAUGUAUUGUACGGAACGUAAGAAGGUAUCAUUGGUUUAGUUUAUUGCACGCAAAGGAUCACAAAAAGAUAAAUAAUUCACUUGUGCUAUUUGUACUUAAAGGUUUUAUGUUUCUAUUAUGUUGAGCGUAACAUUUUUUUUUAAAUAAUAUGCUUUUGAAUAUUAUAUGAUCUUUAUAGUUAAUGAAAAUCCAAAAAAAUUGCGAAUAAAUAAAACGAUUGGAAUAUCGUUUGUAACGUAGAAGAGUGAAGUAGAAAUAAAUUGUAAGUUUUAAUUUCUUUUUUUAAUAAAAAAGUCAUUUUUCUUUUUCGCAUGGCAGCAUUUUUAGUUUACUUUCUUAAUAAAAAUUUAUUAAACUUUUGACUUUACAUUAGAUAAUUAAAAAAAGACUUUUACUUGUGAUCGCUAACGACUAGAUUUAUCAUCCAAAAAGUAUAAAAGACGUGUAACUAACAUAUUACAAAACUUUUAUAAGUUCCUCAUUUAUUAAAUUUGUUUAACCUAAAAUUAAGCUUAGAUCAUUUACCGUUGGUUUCUGACACCAAAAUCUGUGUAUAAAACUUCGUCUUUGACAAAACAGAGUUAACAAUAUGUUUUAAACAAGCUUCAAGAAGCGAGCACACAAUUUCCUUUAAGGCCGGCGACGCAUCUGCAGUUCCUCUGGUGUUGCAGAUGUCCAUGGGUAUCGUUGAUCACCUCGGUGUUCACGCCCCUCGUUUGCCCCCUUCUCUUAUAUAAAAAAACAGAUAUUUUGGUCUCAGAAACCCACGGUUGGUAUUAAAGUUUCUCUAUUUAGAUCCACCAACCUAUAAGUAUGGUGCUUAAUAUUAAUUAUUUACUGUGAUCAUAUAAACCUUAAAUCAAACAUAUUUUUGUUAAAAAAAUCAUAAACCGAUAUUUAUUAUAAGUGUAUAUUCAAUUGUAUUUGUGCUGCCUUACUGUGUGUUUCGAUUGUUGUGAUACUUGUAUUGAAACAUGUCAAGUUUCACUAUAUUCAAAACCCACAGAUACAAUCAAACUAUUGUAUAGCUUACCCGCGACUACUCUGUGCCAAAUUUUAUACAGAUACAUUUCGCCAUUUUGUAUUCACCUGCUAACAAACAUCCAUACAUCUAAACUGUCCCAUUUAUAAUAUUAGUAAGAUUAUAGUUGACAUGUGCUUCUUUCGGUUUAUAUAAGUAAAUUAAAAUCACCCAUUUUCAUGAGAUAAGUUCAUGAACUAACUUAAGUAACUUACCGUGGGUUUCCGAGACAAAAACCUCUGUUUAAAAUCUUUCUUUUGUCUAAGAUAAUAACGGGGAUUACGGUAGGUUUUAUACUGAGAUUUUGGUAUCAAAAACCCACAGUUAAUAAGCUCAAUAGAUCGAUUCUAGAUGAUCUCAUAAUGUGCUCCUUGACAUCCGUCAACUUGCUAUCUCCGAAAGUGCGAUCGUAGGAGGCUGGCAAAUCCGAAUUUAACUUUCUGAUUUUUCGACCGCAUUUUUUCGAUGUUUGUGAUUUCAUACAGUAUAUUUUAACUGCAGAUAUUUUUUCAUUGUCAAAUACUUGUAUGAAAACAUUUUAUUCCUCUCAUUUUGCUUACAUAUGAAUAAUUAUUACGGUUAAAAAUAAGAAAACGUAACAUC